AUGGCGUCGAGAGACUAUUUGCCAUCAGAACCACACACUCUCUUUCGCCGCUGUGUACAGUGCCCUCCCGAUACUCCCAGCUGCCCUUCAUGUGCCUCAGAUGAAACCUGCACCUUGAAAGCUCAGUCAUGUGAUGCAUGCGCGUCAACAACUUGUGUAAAGACUGGUUCGCUUCCUGGUCAAUCCACACCAAAGAAGUCAACCCCAAUUGGUGGCAUUGUGGGAGGUGUGAUAGGAGGUCUUUUGGUUAUUGCAGCCCUCUCGUACCUGGUCUACCGAUAUCGAGGUCGAAAGAAGAGACGCAUCGAACUCUGGGAUCCGCCCGAGAAGAGAGAUCAGUCGACCCUUGCCCGAAAUGAUCGACGAUCAACCAGAUCUGCACAUUCUAUCGCUUCAACUGUUCUCACACGAGCAUCCAAUGUUAUUCAGAUCGCAUAUAUUCCCGGGGUAACAGUCCGAUCGCCGCCGGAAUCUCCUGCUAUGCUUGUGCCACCUGUACCCUCCAUACCUGGCGGCAUGGCUGGCAACUCUGCGGCAUCAACACCACAGCUGGAGCAGCAUUUCUUCAUGCCGGGAGAUCUCAGGGAUUCCACUUGGUCCGAUGCCUCUUCUAUCAAUACCAGGUUUAGUGUCGCGCCGAGUCUGGCUCGUGAGAGUGUGGCUACAACCAUCUACCGAAGUGACGCCAUCGUGCCACCUAUACCCGCGCAGCAAGCUUUCCGAGGUCAGGCCAAUGUUGUUAGCGUCAAGUCAGGGUCGAGUACUCCGGGAUCAUCUGGGACGCCAAGUGCGAGAACUCCAAACAUCCCCCAACUGUCCAAGAUGGGCAGCUCGGGCAGUUCGAUUGUCGCCAGAAACGUCACUGCGCGACCUAUCGAGGUGAAGAAGACCAAUUCUGGGACCCGAGUACCUACUCUCGGUAAUCUGGCGAAACAGGCCGCCCGGCAGAGCAGUGGCUCACCCUCCGAGAAGACCACCAUCCGUGUGUACGACGAUGAGAAAGAAGUCGUGUUUUCCUCUUCCAAUCUCAGUACCCCUACGAGCAAUGUUGAGCAAUCACCCAUUUCCCCGAUCACAAUACCCAUGCCUGCAUUUGCGGAGAAUCACUCAGCAAGGUCUUCAUCAGUGAGCGCAAUCUUGCCUCCAGACGCAAUGAAUACGGCACCUGGUGGUCCAACUCACAGGCACAAUAAUAGUGCAUCACUCAAAACUACAAUCGAGGAUGCCAUCAAUCGCGCCAGAGAUCCGCAGCAUGUGGGCGUGAUGAGUCAAACUACAAAGCCAGAGUUGUUGAGGUUCGAUUCAGGCCCGUUCUCCGAUGCCAACGAAGUGAAGGAAAAUCUAUCUUGA